CAAUUAUCAUCAUCAGAUCAAAAGGGGAGCAGCAGCAACAAUAAACAAUCGUCAUCAAGAGUACAAAAAACCUCAUCAAUUAUUAAUAUUAUUUGUACAGCUUACGCCAGUUUAGCCUUCUUUUCUUUAUGGAUUCCAGCCUACUUUUGUUCAGUUCUUACCAACAAAAUAACAAACCUCUUUGGAUGGGAUGUUCAAAAAUCACUAACAAGUGUGUUUAUGAGAUGGAGUAGUAGAAUUGCAGUUAAAUUAAAUCCAUUUUGGACAGUUAGAACAAUGAGCACCGACAAGGCACCUAAAGAAAAUGGAAGAUAUGUGUUUAUUUGUAAUCAUCAAAGUAAUAUGGAUCCUAUUCUGAUAAAUAGUGUGUUUAGAUAUAAUGCCAAGUGGGUUUCAAAGGAUUCAAUUUUUAAUGUUCCAUUCGGAGGAUAUAUGAUGAAGCAUUGUGGUGACAUUCCAUUAUCAUUCAGUUCUGCUAAUGUAGAAGAUACAACUACUGAAAAACAAAGUGCCAAGAAUUGCAUGUCUAAAUGUAAGGAAUGGCUCGAAUUGGACGUACCAAUUUUCAUGUUCCCUGAAGGAAGAAGAUCUAAUGAUGGUGAACUUUUGGAAUUCAAGAAGGGAGCUUUUAUUUUGGCAAAACAAACUGAUGCCAAGAUUGUACCUUGUGCAAUUCAUGGAACUAAGGAUAUUUGGCCUGUUGGAAUUGAUUUGCCUGGACCUGGUAAAUGCAUGUUUGUAAUUGGAGAUGUAUUUGAUUCUAAAGAUUUUAAGGAUGUGGAUGAAUUGACCAAUUAUUCAAAGCAAAAAGUUUUGGAACUCCAACAAAUUGCUAAAAAGGAGUGUGCAAAGCUUUAAUUUAUAAACGUUAUAAAAGUGAAAUAACUGUUAGAAAGAUUCGUAGCAAUAAAUAGUUUAACUUUAUCUAUU